AUGAAUGAGAAACAGGCCUUUGUCGACGAAGAUACUUCACACGCCUCAGAAGGGGAGGUGAUGAGGCCUCUUCUGUCACCGUCCACACGUCAUUACACAUUCACUCCGCAACGGACCCAAGCCCCGCCGCGCGCUUGGGAACGGCGUCCUGCAACACCAUAUGUGCCGCGAACCGAGGCGCAGAAAAUAUGGAAACGCGUCCCCCUUGGAGCGAUCGAUCUGAGCGAUGGCCACAGCUGGAGAAAAGUGCCUCAACCAGCGGACAGAAGGUCGGUGAAAAGAUUGAGAGUUGCCCAGACCAAUGGAGAAGACAAGGAAAACGAAGACUAUGUGACUUCCAAAUGGGAUGAAGAUGGCAUGGUAGCAAACAGUCCUAAGCGCAAGCUGUUUGGCUAUGAUGGAGCCACACAAGGGGAAACAACAAGCGACGAAUCUGACGAACCAUCCACCAGGAUUUCAAGGGACAGCAAUGGUCGCAGCGACAAGGAUGACAAUGUCAUCAAUGAACAAACGGAACGGGACCCUGCUAUCGCAACAAGUGUUGAGGAUGUGGAUGUCUCUAUUUCUAUUCCAGCUGUCCAAAUCAGUAAUGGAGACAAUGGAACUUCUUCUCAGGAGGCGAGAGAUCCUUUGGUCCCGGAGCCAGUGUCGUCAGAAUGCGUUGACAGUGUAAACUCAAGUGCCUCCUCCCUUCCGGAGGCAACGCCAUCCGAUCACAACCUAUCCACUUUCAAGAGCAACGCCCAACCAUGCAGUCCGCAAGCAGAAACCGAACCUCAAAGACUAUCGCAUGAAGGCAGCGAUGUUCCACGGCUUGGUGAAGUGGUCAACUUCCCGAUCGACCACGAUGAUUUUCCUUUCUUGCAGAAUUUCUUGUCUCAACGUCAAGCAAGGAAAGCAGCGAAAAUGGAGACUGCUCAAGAAGACGCUCAGCAGCCUGUCGGUCCGGAAGAAGUAGCAGAUCAGAUCACGCAAGAGCCCGCUACUGCUCCUCCGCAGGGCAUGGAGCAGCCGGUCAAUGGAGCCAUGGGAGACAUGAAUACCACCCUUUCAGGCCAUGUUAACAGCGACCCCACAACAGGUCACGACCAGAGCGUGGCACUCGAGCCUGAUCAGGGAGUGGAUGCCAACAUCUCGUCGCCCUGCCGGCGUAGCUCACGGCUCAACACGAAACUGGCCGGACCGAAGAGACCGGUUGCAACAUUACCAAGCAAUAUCUCUCUCAAACGCCUCAACGGGAAUGAAUUUAUCGCCACACAACGCGAAGGACAGUCCUUGGCCAUUGUCACGCGAAGUAACACGAAGCGCAACAAGGGGCCUGCAGUGUCAGUUAAGGUGAAAUUGAUUCAGCUGCGUGCUGAAGCGGAAGCAAGAGGAUUAAACGCCACAGCUGCUACCCCAAUUGGCAAUUAUGGAGCAGAUGGGACAAAAAAGGCCGCGACACGGGUCAAAUGGGAUGGCAUACUUGCUCGCUUUGAGGACGGAAGUGUGGUCGAGAAUAUGCCAGACGUGGAGGCACCUUGUGAAGCCGCCAAGGAGACGGGAUGCGACUCUGGAGACGUUGCAGCAGAAGAUCAGCCACCGCAUGAGCCGCGGAAAGCUGAAGAUGAGGCCCAAGCACAGGAGAAGCCAGCCAGAAAGGUUCGGAAGCUGAGGAAGCUGAAUGCCGGUACAGUCAACGGGACGCCGGCACCGAAGAGAACCACGAGCAUACCGGUUCCUGCCAGGGCAAGCUCAGCAGAGAAGCCAUCCGAUGUCAGCAUCAAUGGCAAAGGACCUCGAACUAGCGAAGCCAAGGCUGUGGGAUGCGAAAGGCGGGCGCAAAGCCGCCCGCAGAGACGUCUGGGUACGUGUGCCUGA